AUGGCAUACCUAUGCAUAAACCUCAUCUUCUUCCUAUUUCUCUUCCCAAUAUCUGCUUUGGCUCAAAAAAAUGGUAUUGUGCCUUUGGGCAGUACUUUGACCGCAGGUGAAACAUCUGCUAGUCCUUGGCUUUCACCUUCUGGUGAUUUUGCAUUUGGGUUCCGACAAUUUCAGGAUAAGGACCUGUUCUUGUUUUCCAUAUGGUAUUACAAGAUACCAGACAAAACCGUAGUUUGGUUUGUUUAUUCAAUAGAUCUAGUGCCACGAGGAUCAACUCUAAAGCUUGAUGCUCGGAGUGGGCUUGUGCUCCGUGAUCCUCAAGGCUUACAACUUUGGAGUGCCGAUGUCAAUUCUAGUCAAGUUGAUCAUGGUUUUAUGAAUGAUACAGGCAAUUUUAUCCUCAAGGGGAGUGAUGAUAGCCGGCUCUGGGAAAGCUUUAGAUUUCCUGCUGAUACAAUAUUGCCAUAUCAAGAUUUGAUACUUGGCGAUUCUCUUAGUUCUCGACAGUCAGCAACAAAAUUUUCCCAAGGAAGAUUUUAUCUCCGUUUUCUUUAUGACGGGAAUCUAGUGCUUGCUACCCGAAGUGUGCCAACCAAUGUGUAUGAUGAUGCUGAGUACUAUAAUAGUCAGACUUCUGAUCCUACAGUUUUGUUGAAUUCUGGUUACCAAGUUACGUUUGAUGGCAGAGGAGCCCUGUACAUAAGGAAAAGGAACAACGAGACAAAAGAGCUGAGUCCAGUUUCAAUACCACCAGCAUUAGAAUAUUAUCAUAGGGCCACAAUAGAUUUUGAUGGGGUAUUCACAUAUUAUUUCCAUCCUAGGACAUUUACUGGAAAUCCGAACUGGAAGGUUCUUUGGUAUUUGCCGGAGAAUAUAUGUUUCAUUACUGGAGAAAAGGGGAGCGGAGCUUGUGGAUUUAACAGUAUUUGCCACCUUGAACACGGGAGACCGGCUUGUUCGUGUCCAGAAGGGUAUAUACUGCUUGAUCCAGACGACAAGUACGGCAGCUGCUUGCCAAACUCUUCUCUCGGCUGUGGUGCAGUAAAGGAGGGCUCUACAGAAAACCUUUAUGAUUUUGUGGUGAUCAAUGACAUAGAUUGGCCACUGUCUGACUUCGAGCAAAUAUAUCCUUCAAAUGAAACUGUUUGUGAGCAAGCUUGCUUGCAGGAUUGUUUCUGUGUGGUGGCCAUUUUCAGAGACAACAGUUGCUGGAAGAAGAAGCUGCCACUUUCUAAUGGGAGAGUGGACACUAGUCUUCAGUCAAAAGCUUUCAUCAAAUAUCGCAAAAGUGAUGCUCCCUCAGUGCAUCCAACUUUUCGUCCAGUUCCAGUUGGAUCGAUGUCUUAA